AUGAUCCUCUUACAAAGAGAAUACAUAUAUUUCAUUAUUUUUGUUAUUAUUCUUCAACUAUCUGCGAUUUAUCUUUAUGGAACUGGGUUUUUAAUCACAUCGAUUCAAUCACAAAAGAAAAGUCAAUGUAAUGAUCCCUUAAUGACAAAUACACUUUAUGCACAGUCUCAUCCUCCUGAAUUAUGUUGGACAACUCCUUUAUUUAAGAAAACAGCUUUGUAUCUUGUUGAUGCUCUUAGAUUUGAUUUUGCUUUUUCUACUGACUAUCCUCCUUUGUUUGAGAAUAUCACUGACCCUAAUAACUUUAGAUUCUACCAUAAUAAUAUGGGUGUUUUUAAUUCUUUAGAAAAUCAAUAUCCUUCUCGUUCUUCAAAAUAUCAUUUCAUUCCUGACCCACCAACUACAACUGCACAACGUGUUAAGGCAAUGACAACAGGAGGUGUUCCAGCCUUUAUUGAAAUAUCUACCAUGUUCAAUAACCCUGCUAUUGUUGAAGAUUCAUUAAUACACCAAUUUAAAGAGAAUGGACUAAGAACAGUUUUUGAAGGAGAUUCAUUAUGGAUUGAUUUAUAUCCUACUCAAUUUAAUGACGUUUCAACUGGUCCAUCUCUUGACAUAGCAGACUUAGAUAGUGUUGAUAAUAUAUGUGAUAAAGCAUUACAACGUCAUCAAAAUGAAAGUGAUUAUGAUGUAAUGAUAUCUCAUUUUCUUGGAAUUGAUCAUACUGGUCAUUAUUAUGUUGCUAACCAUCCAUCAAUGAAGAAAAAAUUAAUUGAAAUUAAUAAUAUUCUUAAUCGAUCAUUAUAUUCAUUACCUGAAGAUACAUUAGCAUUAGUAUUUGGUGAUCAUGGAGUAACAGAAGAAGGGAAUCAUGGAGGAUCAACACUACAAGAAUUAGAUGCAGGGAUGUUUGUUUAUGAUAAUAGGAAAAGUCGAAAAGGAGGAAGAAAAGAAGUAGAGAAGAUAACACAAAUUGAUAUUGUACCAACGAUAGCAAUUGGAAUGGGUAUUCCUAUACCAUACAGUAACAUUGGAACACCGAUUCGAGAUAUUAUAUUAGGAAGAGAAGAGAAACUUGAAGAUAUUCAAAGAUAUGUGAAUGCAUUAAACAUCACAACGAAUCAAAUAAUACGAUAUUUAAAAGAAAAAGAAGGGAUAAUACGAGAAACAUGGAUAAGUGAAAUAGAAGAAGAAAUUCAAAAAGUUCAAAAAGAAGAAAUUCAAUGGUUUGAAAACCAAGAAAAGUUAUUAGAAUUAAUGAAUGAACAUGAACGAAUAAGUCAUGAAAUACAUAAACAAUAUGUAGAACAUAAAUCAACAUUCAAAUUCAAUUAUAUGUUAGCUGGUAUUAUAGUAAUGAUUGUUUCAUUAGUGUGUGGUUUACUCUUUGUUUUUGGAUAUCCACAAUUCCAUUUUACUACAUUAAAAAUUAUUCAUGGAUUCAUUUUAGGAAUGGUUCCAGCUUUAUUUUUAAGAAGGAUAUAUGACAUAGGUAUGAGUAAAAUUGAUCAAUAUGUAUUUUUUACAAGUCUUUUAGGAGGUCUUUCUUUCAUAUCGAAUUUUGCAAGUCAAUUCAAUACAUUUAUUCUUUCUGGAACUAGAAUCACAACAACUGUAACUUUUGACAUUAUUGUUAAUAUUAUUCUUUGUUUUAUUUAUGGAUUUGGACAAUACACUGAUUCAUACAUUAAAGAAGAAGAAUAUACAUCAUUUUAUGUUGCAGAAUGGAUUUCAAUAAUUAUGUUUUUCUUUGCAUUAUCUCAACGUAAACAAGGAAGUAUUAAGAUAUUGUGUUAUCAUUUUCUUCUUAUUAUUUUAAGUUCUUGUAUUAAAUUAUUCUCAUUCCAUGUAAUAUCCUUAUUACUACUACCAAUUGUCUUAUACUUAAUUACACAUUCUAUAAACAUUUCAAUUAGUUCAAUAUGUGCAUUAGUUUAUCAUUUAAUAAGACCAUACCCAACUUCAUUUUUAGGAAUUAUCUUACCAGAUACUAUUUAUUUGUUAACACUUAUUUCAUUGGUUAUGUGUUAUAAGCAACGGUUAUCAGUUAUUCACUAUUUAUAUUCAUUGAUACCAUUAGCAACAGUUAUACUACCAUACUCUUCAUCAACAAUAUUAUUAUUAUUUAUUGGUUUUGUUUAUGUUUUUAAAGAGUAUGAAUUUUCAGAGAGUAUUACCACUUUCUUCUUGUUUAUUGGAAUUCAUUUCUUCUUCUUAAGUGGACAUGCAUUCCAAUUUAGUGAUAUUCAGUUUAAUGCUGGAUUUAUUGGAAUACCAUUCUAUUCAUUCUUUGGAAAUGGAUUUUUGGUUAUUUUGAAUACAUUCUUCUUCCCUGGUAUUGUUGUAUUAGCUAUUGCAGGAAUUACACAAUCAAAAGUUAAUGGAACACUUCUUUAUACUAGAAGCUCAAUAUUGGUUAUGUUAUUCUUUAGUUAUCAACUCCUUUCUAUUAUGAUUUUUACUUAUUUUGUAUCUGGGCAUUUAGAAAUCUUCAGAAUCUUUACACCAAAAGUAUGUUUUGAUGCAGCAAUAACAGUUGUAGUGGAUGUCAUUGUUUUUGUUGUUUAUUUCAUUCUAAGAGAAGCAAAAAGCGAACAUUAA